AUUUUCUCCAAAUUUUGGUGAUUUCUUCAUCUGCCCCCCGCAGUCCCAGUGUCUUUUUCGAGACAUUGCAUGGGAGUUUGCUUCCUACCCAGAAGUGCUUUUUACUGUAGCGAUACCAUGAACUAGGGAUUUUCCACGCAAAAAGUCUGAAAUCUUGUAUGGCAGGCAGAAAAAACGACAUUCUCCAAGAAUAUAGGGUUCAUAAGGUUCAACCUACUGUGUAUUACUGGCCAGAGUUUAUAACAGAACAAGAACAUGAUUAUCUCCUUCAGCAAGUAUAUGCAGCUCCUAAACCAAAGUGGACACAGCUCUCAAAUAGACGGCUGCAGAAUUGGGGUGGACUGCCACAUGAGAAAGGCAUGAUAGCUGAACCAUUACCUCAGUGGCUAGGAAGUUAUGCAGGGAAACUUGCUAAUCUCGGGAUAUUCCAGGAACACACGCCCAACCAUGUUUUAGUGAAUGAGUACCAACCAGGACAAGGGAUUAUGCCUCAUGAAGAUGGUCCCCUAUUCUACCCAACUGUUGCGACUAUAUCACUAGGCUCACAUACAAUACUAGACUUCUACCAUCAUAGGCAAGAUGUAGAGGACAACUCAACUGCCCCACAACUUGGGAAUCAAUCCAAGGACAGGCUAUUUACAUCUCUUUUGCUUGAACCUAGAAGUUUGGUGAUUAUUCAGGAUGAUAUGUACAAGAAACAUUUACAUGGUAUAAACGAAACAACAGUUGAUGAUAUCACAGACAAUAUUGCUAAUUUAGAACAAUGUAAAGCAGAAGUUGGAAACAGAUUGGAAAGAACAACAAGAGUUUCAUUGACAAUUCGAUAUUUUGCUAAAGUGCUCAAAGCAAAAUUAAUGAUUGGUAACAUGAAGCGUAGCGUUGCAGCAAUCAAAGCUCAUCUUGAGGAACUACAUCCCGGGAGUUGUUUUCGUUCAGUGUCCUGGCGUAAUCGAGCAGGGAGAGGAAAAGUCAAAAAUCUG